AGUCAGUGUCAGUCAAUGAGAGUUUUUUUUUACGUUACUUCUCUGAAGUCUAAUAUUAAACGAUUGAUUUAUCUUAUUUUUUUUACAAGUGAAGUAUUCUCUCGACUCAUAAAUCGCUAGGUUGCGUUAUUCUUUUUAGCCAUGGCUUCACCUCUAGAGCAGUUUGUAAAUAAUGUCAGGACCAUGUCGGCUUCUGGUAAUUUUCGUGAAUUAUGCGAAAUCAUCGGAAAAUCUGACGAAGUGUUACAAAGAAAUAGUGCUCAUCUAAAUACAGUUCUAGAAACACUCGAUAUUCAACAACAUUCUCUUGGAGUUCUGGCAGUAUUAGUAGCUAAGUUUUCAUUACCACAGGGCUCUUUAAGUGAUAAUGAUAAAUCUAAUAUGUUUCAACAAAUACAUGAUUUUAUAAAUAAUUGUAAUGGAGAACAAGUUCGAUUUGCACCAGAUUUGUAUGCUGAUUUAUGUCAUCUACUUACUGACCAUCUAGUAGAAAUAAAACAACCCAUCCGUGGCAUUGAAAUAUUAAAGAAAUCUAUAAGGAAAAUACAGUUGUUUGACUCACAGCUUACUUCUAUCCAUGCGGAUUUGUGCCAGCUCUCUCUGUUAUCUAAAUGUAUGAAACCAGCACUUGAAUUUUUGGAUACUGAUGUUACUGGAAUAAGUUCUGAGUUGGGUGGAAAUAAUGACUCCAAACAUUUUCUACUUUACUAUUAUUAUGGAGGCAUGAUUUAUACAGCUAUGAAAAACUAUGAUAGAGCUUUAUAUUUCUUUGAAGUAGUAGUUACAGUGCCUGCAAUGGUUGUAUCUCAUAUUAUGUUGGAAGCAUAUAAAAAAUAUAUUCUUGUGUCAUUUAUAUUACAUGGAAAGAUUUUACCAAUGCCCAAAUAUGUAUCUCAAGUUGUAUGCCGCUUUCUCAAACCAUUAUCAGUGGCAUAUCAUGAACUAGCCACUUCUCAACACGCAGCAAUAAAACACCGUGAAACCUUUGUGAGAGACAAAAAUAUGGGACUAGUAAACCAAGUGUUAAGUUCAAUGUAUAAAAAGAAUAUUCAAAGACUAACUAAAACAUUUUUGACUCUGUCCCUGAGUGACGUAGCUUCGCGUGUGCAGCUUUCAGGACCAGCUCAGGCAGAAACAUAUAUCCUUAAUAUGAUUGAAGAAGGCGAAAUAUACGCCAUGAUAAAUCAAAAAGAUGGAAUGGUAGUAUUCUUAGACAGUCCUGAAAAAUAUGCUUCACCAGAAACCUUGUGUGUUUUGGAACAGCAAAUGGCUGCCUGCACAAAGUUGCACCAGUAUAUUCAAGAAAUGGAUGAACAGAUUCAAGUAAAUCCACAGUAUGUUAAAAAGUCUGUUGGAAGCCAUGAUGAAGAUAUGCCAGCAACAAGUCAGAAUUCUAAAACUACGUACACCAUGUAACCUACAAUAUAUUAAUAUAGUUUCAAUAAAAUAAUAACAAUAAUAUAAAAAGUAUAUAUUUUAUUCCAAUACCCCAUAUCUGUUCCAGUAAUGUUUAACAUAACAAAUAAAAACAAUUAGCAUAUUUCAAUUUAAAAAAUAAAUUUGUUAUAAUGCCUCGUGCACAGCUUGUGUAAAUACUUUCAUACUUUCUAUAGGCGUUUGUGGAGUGAUCCCAUGGCCUAAGUUUGCUAUAUAUCGGAAUUUCCCAAAUUUUUGAACCAUGUCUAUGGUAAGUUUUCUCAGUUCAUCCUGUGAAAUUAAUUAAUGUUAAUAUUUGUUAUUAUAUUUCAUGGGCUUCCAGCCACACGUAUAAGUAAUACCCUUACUUUUCACUAGUCAAAAAAAUAAACAUGACUAUAGGGCAUAUGUCGAAGUGUCUCAGUUAUAUGUUUUUAAGUAAUUCGCCAAUUAUUAAAAAAUAGGUUUUUUAAUUCAUAAAAUUAGCGAAGUCUGGCGUUAUAAAAAAAUAUCAUAUUUGCGUAUAGACCCUUCUGGCUUGAAGCCCGCAAUUCGAUUAAUUUUUCAUUCACAAUGCUGCAUACUGUUAAAUAAUUAUAAUUUGAUUCAAUUUCUUGGCAAUUCUGUAAUGCGUUACAUUAAGCAAUUGGGAGAAUAAAAACGCCUAGUGAAUUAUCGCAAUGUAGAGGCUCUUUUAGGAAUCUCUUUUAGGCUCUCUUAGGAAUAAAAAUACAUACGCACCGGCGUUUUAUAUAAAUCUUGGGGAUCCAGAUUGCCUUGUAAUGUUAUAUUUUCACCAACAAUAUUUCUAGCUUCCACAGGAUCUACUGUCCAAUCCAAACCAAUAACUUCAUAACCUAAUUGAGCUUGCACGUCUAAGGAAUGUCCUGCACCCUUGGCGAAGACAGUCUGUAGAUCAUGUAGGACACAUGAAGAUGUUAAUGGACAAAAAAUUACGAGUGAUUGAGAAUUUGCAG